AGGUUCUGCCCCAGGGUGUGAAGUACUGAGAAAAAGAUUUAACAGAGAUGCUAAUACAGCAGCUUCAGAAGUGAUGGAGGAGGGCAGGUGAAAAUAACCUAAUCCAGAGCAGCACUUGAGGAUUUCAUGCCUAGAAAGAUUCUCGUAUCCCAAAGAAGCCCUUAAACAUGACCACACUUCCUAGGUCCUCUUGUACGGUGUUGCUGCCAAGAUGAGAUACUCUAUGAACACCCACAUGCCUUACCUACAGUAUAGGAUUGAAAAUGGAUAGUCCUGUGAACAUAGUUCCUUGAGCAAUGGAAGAUGUGUUUUCAGCAGUUACUAUUGCCCUCCUUGAGGGUUUUUCUUCUUCAUAAUCUGAAUGGACAAGACCCUCACCUGCUAGCACGGAGAAACCUAGAAAACGUAGGGGAGUUGAUGCUCACUGAGGAUUAAAAUCUCCUGAAGAGUCUCUCCCUCCUGAAGCCAGGACUGACCAGUUAUAGACACAAAAGUGAGUCACUCGUAGCCAGAGUUGGAAUGUGGCGCAAGCUGAAAAAAUAUCCAAUCCUGGCCAGCUCCCCACAGAGACUGGGGCUCCAGAGAGCUGGUUCGAUGCCCAGAACUGAAUGCUGUGCUCCAGCUGUGGCCUCACCGGUGCUGAAUAGAGAGGAAGAGCCACCUUCAUAGCUUACAUGUGAUUCCUCUGCUUAUACAACCCAAUACUGGAUUUACUUACUUUGGCAAGAUAGCUGCAUUGUGCACUGUAUUUAAUGUUACGUGUACUGUAACCCUGGGUCUUUCUCUGCAUUGCUGCCGUUAAACCCCCAAUCCUGCCAAUCUAGAACUCCUGCCUUUGUUUACCCACACCCCCUCCCCCGUAGACCCUUCUUACAUUCAUCCACAAUGAAUGUCAUCUUUAUUCUCUCAUUUCCUUUCACUCCAGUCUUAAACUUUGGCGAAACCUUCCUUCUGUCUAUAAAUUAUCGGUUGUCAGCCAUCUUACUUUCCUCCUUGCUUUGGUAAUGGGACAAUCUUUCAAGCCUUUUCUCUGGUUCUUUUCCUGUUGGAGUCAUUAACCACGUGGUGUUUCUUCCAAACCGAAUACCUCCAGACUCUUCUGAUUUGACCACCUGAUCAAGUUGUUACCUCUCCUUUAGUUCUUCUUUCCAGAUUUUCUUGACUCCUCCUGACCUCUAUUCCUCUGACUUCGUUCAAGAUACAGUAUUAUCUCACUCCUCUUCCCCAGAGGGGAGAUUGUAUAUUGAUUUACCAGGAAAUUUCUAGUAAUAAGGAAAGUGUUACUCUUCUCCAUUGUGAAUAGACUGGUCUUUAAUAAUUUUAAGCAAAUUCUUUCCCUGUCCCUACCCCCUCCCUGAGAUCAUAAUUAAAAAAAAAAAAAAGUUAGAGGUUAAUUUUCCAUACAUUUCUAAGACUAGUGAGCUAAAGAAAGAAGGAAGGGCAGUGAGGUGGGUAUUUGCGUUGGGUAGGAAAUGGCCUUUCAAGAAGGCUAAACUGAGAUUCUUGUUGGGUUUGGCAUGGCUGUCUGAAAUGGGAGGUGAGACUUUGUUUUUCCUAGAUUCUGGAGCAUUCUCUUAAUCUCAGAUUUAGAGUAGGUUUUUAAGUUGGCUUAUUUAGGACUGUUGACACAGACACACAGUUAUUUAAUUGCCUGCUUUGGUUCAUCAUUUAGAGUGUGGGAAGUGUAACUUUUUCUGAUUGGAAGGUCUCCAUAUGCUCCUUUUAUCCAUUUCUUAAGUCCCUGCAGUUCCACUGAAUUCCAGUGUCUCCUGUAGUGGUGGUCAAGUUCAUGUUUGAGUUCUCACCUUUUUUUUUUUUUCUAUCUUAGUUGAUGUGUCCCUAUUCAAACAGCCUCUCCUUGGAUCUGUGGAUCUUUUACUGAACUCAGAAGGUACCUCUUAUGUGUACUUAUGUCUUGAGAGAGUUAAAGUCCAUCUGGAAAUCUUUUUAACAUUAUUUCAACAUAUCAAAUUCCUAUCGUAUGGAUUUACGAAUUACCAAACAUUUUUCCUGCAGACCCCUGAUAGAUAUUUUACAUAUCAGCACAUUACACUAUUAAAGUGUAUUACAGAAGUACACUAUGAAGAAAGAUGUGGCAAGAUCUCUUAGCCUUUUUUGAUGAAAUAUAGAAUGUAUCCUGACUAUUCUUCGGUCUCUAAAAUCAUUAGAUAUUACUAGUUUCCUUAUUCACAGUUACAUAAGCCAAGUAAAAUUGUAAGCUCAAUUUGGUGGUUUCAAAGAAAGCCAAUCUUUUCUGUGGUUUUCUAUCAUGUAUAUAGUCAAUGAUUUGUGGCUUUGCUUUAUGCCCAUAUCACAUCCUGAGAAGGCUGGCACCUUUCUUCAAAGGAACAUCAGUUUUAUUCCUUGUCUUCUGAAAUAACCCUCAGUGACAGAUCCCACUGGGCUCUUCUGUGUGCUGCAUGCUUUUCUCUAGGCAGCCAGUAAGGAGUGAGUGGUGGCAUCUCCAUUUAUGGCCUUGGAAGGGUGAAAGGGACAUGGCCGGGACUCUCCAUGUAUGGUCCUUGGAGGAGUUGAAAAGAGUGGUUGGGGUGUUCUUGGAGGCAGAAACUAGACAUUGUGAGAUAAAAAUAAAUUGGCAGGAGAUGUUUGCAAUUCAAAUUCCAAUCCCUGCAAGGAGCGCAGAGGGCACUGGGAAAGGGGAGUAUAUAGAAAGUCAAAUGAGAUCUGCUGCAGGCAUUUGUCUCCUUCCAUUGGAAGGGUUGCCCUGUGACACAUUUCCCAAGUUCCUGCCCGAUUUUUCUCUAGAAAGUUCUGUGUUAUGUAGUUGUGACUAUCUUUUACAAAGAGAAAGAGAGGGAACACUUUUUUAAAGAGUGUAUUAAUCAGAAACCUCAGUUCUUUAAGGCAUCGUUGGAGGCAUCAGAAGAGAUUUCUAGAAAGAGGCAGGGAGAGGCAGGGGCGUAUGCAGGGGGUAGGCUGGCUGGUUUUCUGACGGGAGCCUGCUCACUGCUCUGUUUAUGUCUGAGGAAGAUCAUCCUGUGUGUCCUGCUUGGAUUAUUCCUUUUGCCCAUCUGGAUUUCUGGUCUCAAAGGACAGAUCUGCAAAAUAUUUGACGGUGUCUUGUCGUUUGUCAACUGUGAUUUAAAGAUGCGGAACUUUCGUGGAGGUUUUGUAAAGAUUAUUAAGAGUUGUUUCAGUUUGGUGAGAAUAUGUGAUAUAUUGGCUUAUGGAAAGUAAUCUCACAUUUAGGAGAAACCUACAGUCUGGCUAACAUGUAUACAUUAAGUCUGAGGUGAACAGGUUUUGUAGAGUUGUGUCAGAAAGUAUUUGAGAGCCAUCAGGGAAAAAGGGUCUUGUUUCUCUCAAGAAAAUUCUGAGUGAAAUCCAGUCAAGGAGAAGGGAGCUUCAAAGGAACAAAAGCAGCAGAGAUGGGAUAGACACUGGAUAGCACUGAACUAAAUGUGGAUGCUGGGACUAAGUCCUUGAUUUAUCCUUUAAAACAUGUAAGACAGUUAAAGAAGCAGGGCGAAUGAUCGGAAGUAUGCAUUGAAAGACCAUGAAGAAAAUGGAAGUGUUGUGCAAGAUAAUAAAAUUGUCCGCGUUUUCUCUGUGGACUCACAUAGUGAUUUUUAUUUGCUGUGUGGCACAAGGCAGAGAAGGAAGUAAGAUGAUACCCUGUCCACCUCACUUCCCUCCCCGCCCCCCCCCAAAAGAAAUUAUUGGCCUUCUUUGUUGGUUUUAGCUGGCAAUUUGUGUUGGUUGAAUUGAUGAGUACUGGCUAAUCUUUUGAUGUAGGAAUGAGUAUAUUGUUUCUGGAUGGUUGGUGUUUGAGACUGGGGAUCUGUAGCAUAAUCCGUUUGACCUCUUUCAAAUUUUAGCAACCUCCCUAAAGAUAGAGUAAGUUAGUUAAGGACUAUGGACUUCGUAAGUAAUAUGUUUUAUUAGCUGAUUCAUUUAGACAAUUGUUUUGACCCUGUUUUCCUUCUUAGGAGUAAGGAAGGUUAUAUUCUUUGCUUUGGGAAAUUCUUCUUUCUGUCCUCCCUUCCCUCACUUUUUCCAAAUUCUGGGCACAAUAGCAGCUCUUUUCUCUUCUGUGGCAGGUGUGCAUCCUAUUGGCUGGCUGGUAUUUCUUGUUUUCUUUUUUUUUUUUCUUAUUCUUUUUAAAGGGGGGGUGGGGGUAUAAAAAUAUAUGUAUGGGAUACAUGCAAUAAUGUUGUAAUGUUUCUUGUUGUUUAAUGGAUGAUUAAUUGCAAAAUAAUUGUUUGAAUUAUAACAUGUUUGAGUAAAUGCUAAAUUAGUUUUUUUUUCUAAUAUAAUAAUGAAUUUGAAAUCUAGCAUUCCUGUAACAAUGUGUCUAUGUUUGUCUGUCUGUGUCUGUCUAAUAGUAAUUAAUAUCUGUGGUCCGUACCUGGAAGAGGAAGUACAGCUUUAAAGGAAUAACAAAAGACUUUGUGUCUUAGACCCUUCGCAGGUGUUACAGUCGGGUGAAAGAACAUGGUGUUGGGAAAAGAAAGAGCAGUUACACAUUUGAACAGUUGGAACAGGUGUUUGGUCAGGGAGGAUGGGAUGCUCAGCCCUGCCAGCCUGUACUUAUUAACAGUAGUGGCUUGUACCAGGAGCUGGAGUCAGAUGGCAGCACUAUGGAGGACUAUUCACAGGAGGACUGGGGAAACCACAGUCAGGAUCUCCAUGGCUAUCCAACAGAUCAGGAAUUGGAUGAAAUACCUCUCACAAAGAGAACAUUAAAAAUAAAACAAGAAUCUUCUGAAGAGGCACAGAAGAGAGACAUCAUGCAAAAUAUCGUCCAGAUUUUGGAAUCAGUACAAUUGAAAUGGGAACUGUUUCAGAGCUGGACGGACUUUUCAAGGCUUCAUCUUUCUAACAAACUGGCCAUUUUUGGAAUCGGUUAUAACACCCGUUGGAAAGAGGAUAUUCGUUACCAUUAUGCUGAGAUCAGCUCCCAGGUGCCCCUCGGCAAGCGACUGCGGGAAUACUUCAACUCCGAGAAGCCCGAGGGACGGAUCAUUAUGACCCGCGUGCAGAAAAUGAACUGGAAAAAUGUUUACUACAAGUUUUUAGAGAUCACCAUUAGCGAAGCUCGGUGCUUGGAGCUGCACAUGGAGAUUGACUGGAUACCCAUUGCCCAUUCCAAACCAACCGGGGGGAACGUGGUUCAGUAUUUAUUACCGGGAGGCAUUCCCAAAAGUCCAGGCCUUUAUGCCAUUGGCUACGAAGAAUGUAUGGAGAGGCCCCCGUCUCCACACCUGGAGCGACAUUCUCUGGACCCGGGAAAGGAGGGCCGGGUUGACUUGGAGACCCUCUCAGCACAAGCCUCGUUACAGGUGGAAAUCGAGCCCACCCGAAUAAUCUAUUGCUACCUCGGGAUUGCUGAGGUCAGGACUCUCCAGCAAUGCUUAUUUUUACAUUUCCAAGCAAAUACCAAAACCUUCAGCAAAGAUUGGGUUGGUAUUAAUGGGUUUUUGUCCCAGAACUGUAUUGUGGAUCCCGGAGUCUCCCCCAAAUCUAUCUAUAUCAAAUUUGUAGAAGUAGAGAGGGAUUUUCUUUCCGCCGGCUCUUUAGUUGAGUGCCUGGAAAAAGCCAUUGGAUACCCCUUAAAAUUUAACAACUGAACGUCAUCCUUCAUAAGGAUUUGGGCUCUUAACCUCCCUUCUCUACUCUCUCUGCAUUCCCGAGACUGCCCCCUUAUCCAGAUGCUGCCAUCAGACUCUUCACAGAAACUCGUUCCACAGUUGGGCCAGUACAACUUCAACUGAAUUAUACCAGACUUUGGGCAGAAAAAGCAGACCUCACCUGAAAAUGCUCAUUUUGAGCAAACAAGAUUCACAGCGAACUUGCAUGGUGGGUCAGCUGUUCUUUUUUUAAAAACAAAAAGAUAAUUUUUAAAUGGAUUUUAGAGCCCUAAUAUAAACAAAUGUAGGUACAUUCCAUAUUGGACAAAACUUACACUUUUGAGUUUCAUAUGAAAUUGAAAAAUUGUAUUUUUUUCACAAUGUUUCAUUUUUACACAUCUCUAUGUCUCUAUAUAAGUAUUAUUUACAACCCUGAAUAAAUAAGCAAUAGAUAAUGGCAAGUUAAAUCGCGAGUCACAGUAAAUAAGACUGUUUUUCAAUAUCACCCUUAGCUACUAUUGUAUAUAAUUUAGAGUUUCAUUUUUUUCACCAGCCAAGUGUUUUGCUAUUCCCAAUCAGUGUUGCCUGCAAAGACCUUUGUUUCUGUGAUGUACCAACUUUAUGGUUGUGUUGCCAUUUGAACUUUUUAAAAAAAAAAAAAUUAUUAAAGUAAUUCUUGGCCUCUUGGA